AUGCCGCGUACAGAUGAAGCGGAAUCAUUCUUCUACGCAGUAUAUAGCGCAAUUCAAGAGAUACCAUAUGGGAAAGUCACGAGUUACGGUCACAUUGCUGCAUUAAUAGGCACUCACGCCUCCCUCCCCCACCACAACGGCAACGUCCCUUGGCAGCGCGUUAUAAACUCCAAAGGCAUUAUAUCGCCUCGAGCUGAGUCGUUGACUAGAGGUCAUCCAUCCGGAGCUGCGAACCAAGCACAGGUGUUACGUGGCGAAGGAGUUACUGUUAGUACGGGCAACUUGAGCGAACUCAGGGUGGAUUUUGCCGAGUAUGGAUGGUUUCCCAGACAGCUUCCCAGUGAGGAGGCGGCGGGGCUUGAUCCUCAUAUCAUGUCCGAUGAUGAAGAGUAG